ACGACAUCCUGACUUUAACCUGUUCAGGCUCUGUCAGGCUGGUGAAUGGGACCAGUCUGUGCUCAGGUAGACUGGAGGUGAAGUCUAACCAGACUAACCCGUCCUGGUCCUCAGUGUGUGAGGCUGACUUUGACCUGCAGGAUGCUCAGGUGGUCUGCAGGCAGCUUGGCUGUGGGGCUCCUUCAGUCCCUCCAGGGGGCGCUCUAUGGAGAAGGGGAGGCUCCAAUGUGGACCAAAGAGUUCCAGUGUGGAGGCCAUGAGUCUGCUCUCCUGGACUGUAGCUCAGCCUCAGAGAGAAACACCUGCUCACCUGGCAGAGCUGUUGGCCUCACGUGCUCAGAGCCUGAUGAGGUCAGACUGGUGGGAGGAGAGAGUCGCUGUGCAGGAGACCUGGAGGUGGAACAUCAGGGAGAAUGGAGACCAGUGCAUGCUUUUCCUUCCUGGACCCUGAAGGAAGCAAAAGUUCUCUGCAGAGAUCUGGACUGUGGCUCUGCUAUUUAUGUCGCACAGAGAGUGGUGUCCUCAGAGAGACCUGUGUGGUGGAUCAUCUCUGGCUGUGCUCAGUCUGCAGCUGCUCUGAGGGAGUGUGCAUAUUCAACUUCCUCUUCCCUUUUCCUGACUCUUACCUGUUCAGGUAAGCGCCUUUGACUUUUUUCUCAGAAUUUGACUUUUUCCUUAAAAUUUAACUUUUUUUGAGAGUUCAAUUUUUUUUCUCAAAAUUUGACUUAUUUCUCAGAGUUUUUGACUUUAUUCUCACAUUUUGACUUCUUCCUCCAAAUAAUGACUUUUUCCUCCAAAUCUUGACUUUUUCCUCCAAAUCUUGACUUUUUCCUCCAAAUGUAACUUUUUGUAAGAAAUUGAUUGAUUUCUCCAAAAUGUGGCUUCGUUGAGGAUUCCAUAUUGAGUUGAAUAAUUAAUACGAAAGUUCAUAUAAUCAAAUAUAAUCUUAUAUAACCCACAAUGAAAAUGCAUUAUAUUUCAUGUUGUUCUAUACUCACAAUAUAUACAAAAUGUAAGUGGUUUGGAAAAUUGAGUUUAAGGCCUAUUAAAGUUUAUCACUAUGGGUGUCACUGUUUAGCAGAGGGGAGACAGUUGUGUUCACGUACAGCAGACUGUACAGAGGAGACCCCUGACUCAAUGGAAAAGUACUGGAUCCCCAAAAUGUGUUUAGGCCAUACCAUAGGAGACAAGUCUGGAUAUGUCCCGUCUCGCACACCAGAGGUCAUGACCUUUCCCCACAUAUAUGGGUAUGUAGGUGUGUCUUUGGUUUUCUGUCCUUGUGUGGAGCAUAAAAGGUCUAUAGCUGAGAGAGGAAAAGCUUCAGAGUGGGGUUUUUCCUAAGUACUCUUGAAGAGAUAUUAAUAUUACCAACGGAAAAGGGCCGUUGAAUUUCGUAUCACAACUGAAGAGGGACAGUUGAAGAGAUUUUAAUGUAUUUGAUUUCACACCUGGUAGUCUAUGAGGGUUUUCCUCUGAAUUCCAUCGGAAGAGGUUUUUAAUGCAACUGAAGAGUGACAGUUGAAGAGAGAUUUAGUAAUUUACCACAGCAUGAAAUAUUUUGUAUGAUUGUCACAUUGUAACGAGAGGAGGUAAAAACCCUGUAAAAGUGUGGACCAUUUUCUUAAAAUAAAAUCAUCCCACCCUUUUGGACUGGGAUAACUUAAAAUA